AUGUUCUCCAUCCAGGACGGGCUCCCGCGGGGGGCGCUGGGCGUCAGCAUGAAGGAGGAGCCGCUCCCCACCGGCAUGACCCCCGUACGCUCCUGGAUGGCCGGCCAGGGCAUCCUGGAUGCCAACGCCGCCGCUCAAAGCGGCGUGGCUUUGGCUCGCGCGCACUUUGAGAAGCAGCCGCCGUCCAACCUGAGGAAGUCCAACUUCUUCCAUUUCGUCUUGGCGCUUUACGACCGCCAAGGGCAGCCCGUGGAGAUCGAGAGGACGUCCUACCUGGACUUUGUGGAGAAAGACAAGGAGUACAAUGGUGAGAAGACCAACAACGGAAUUCAUUACAGAUUACAACUCCUCUACAGUAACGGCAUCAGGACGGAACAAGACCUUUACGUGCGCCUCAUCGACUCCAUGACCAAGCAGGCCAUUCUAUACGAGGGACAAGACAAGAACCCGGAAAUGUGUCGCGUUUUGCUAACGCACGAGAUCAUGUGCAGUCGCUGCUGUGACAAAAAAAGCUGCGGAAAUCGAAACGAGACGCCCUCCGACCCCGUCAUCAUUGACAGGUUCUUCCUCAAGUUCUUCCUCAAGUGCAACCAGAACUGUUUGAAGAAUGCCGGAAAUCCUAGAGACAUGAGGCGCUUCCAGGUGGUGGUGUCCACCACGGUGAACGUGGACGGCCACGUGCUGUCCGUGUCUGACAAUAUGUUUGUCCACAACAACUCCAAACACGGGCGCCGCGCUCGCCGCCUUGACCCCUCUGAAGCAGCCACGCCGUGCAUCAAAGCCAUCAGCCCCAGCGAAGGUUGGACCACCGGGGGCGCCACAGUCAUCCUCAUCGGGGACAACUUCUUCGACGGCCUGCAAGUGGUCUUCGGCACCAUGCUGGUCUGGAGUGAGCUGAUCACGCCUCACGCCAUCCGCGUCCAAACGCCUCCUCGCCACAUUCCCGGCGUGGUGGAGGUCACGCUGUCCUACAAGUCCAAACAGUUCUGCAAAGGAGCGCCGGGUCGCUUCGUCUACACGGCUUUGAACGAGCCCACCAUCGACUACGGCUUCCAGAGGUUACAGAAGGUCAUCCCGCGCCACCCCGGCGACCCCGAGAGGUUACCAAAGGAAGUGCUGUUGAAGCGAGCGGCCGACCUGGUGGAGGCGCUGUACGGAAUGCCGCACAACAACCAGGACAUGAUACUGAAGCGAGCGGCCGACCUGACGGAGGCGCUGUACAGCGGCGUCCCUCGCGGCCACGGCCAGCUGCCGUCGCUCGGCGGCGCGGCAGCGCACUCGGGAAUGAUGGGAGUCAACUCCUUCGGCGGUCAGCUGGCCGCCAACAUCUCGGAAGCGUCGCAGGCCGACCAGGGUUACUCACGGAGCUCCAGCAGCGUUUCCCCUCGCGGUUACGUGCCCAGCUCCACGCCGCAGCAGUCCAACUACAACAGCAUCACGUCGUCCAUCAACGGCUACGCCGCCGCCAUGAGCAACCUGGCCGUGCCCGCCUCGCCCGGCUUCAUCAAUGGCGCCGGCUCCAACCCUGCCUACGCCAUGACUCCAAACCGCCCGCGCACUUCCUCCUUCCUCACCCGUGGUCUUCCUCUUCUUCCCGCUCUCGUAGGCGUGCGUUCUUUCUCUCCCGUGACUAAACAGAAGAGCGCCUUCGCCCCCGUGGUGCGGCCGCAGAGUUCCCCGCCCCCUGCCUGCGGCUCCAGCAAUGGCGGCAGCCUCCAGGCGAUGGCCGGUCUCAUCGUCCCGCCCAUGUGA